UUCUUCUUCUCGCUGCUUCCCCUUCUCCCCCUUCACUCUCUUCCUCCUCCCUUUUCCCCCUUCUUAAUACUGUCGUGCAAUCAUGUCCACCACUGCCCGCGCCGACUUCGAGGCCGUCUUCCCCUCUUUGCGGGAAGACCUUCUGAACUAUGCGAAGCAGUACAAGCUGCCCCAGAACGCUCUCGAGUGGUUCGAGAAGGCUCUCAACGUCAACGUCCCCGGUGGAAAGCUCAACCGUGGUCUCUCCGUCCCCGACACCGGUCUCGCUCUCCUGAAGAAGCCCCUGACCGAUGAGCAAUUCAAGCACCUCAGUCUGCUGGGCUGGCUCACCGAGCUGCUCCAGGCCUUCUUCCUGGUCAGCGACGACAUCAUGGACGGCUCCAUCACCCGUCGUGGCCAGCCCUGCUGGUACAAGCACGAGGGAGUCGGUCUGAUCGCCAUCAACGACGCCUUCCUGCUCGAGUCCGGCAUCUACAUUACCCUGAAGAAGUACUUCCGCUCCCACCCCGCCUACAUCGACCUCGUCGAGCUCUUCCACGAGACCACCUACCAGACCGAGCUGGGCCAGCUGUGUGACCUGAUCACCGCCCCCGAGGACAACGUCAACCUCGACAACUUCUCCAUGGAGAAGUACAUGUUCAUCGUCACCUACAAGACCGCCUACUACAGCUUCUACCUCCCCGUUGCUCUGGCCCUGCACUACCUCCAGCUCGCUACCCCCGAGAACCUGCGUCAGGCCCACGACAUCCUCAUCCCCCUGGGUCAGUACUUCCAGGUCCAGGAUGACUACCUCGAUGCCUACGGUGAUCCCGCCUUCAUCGGCAAGAUCGGUACCGAUAUCCAGGAUAACAAGUGCUCGUGGCUGGUCAAUCAGGCUCUGCAGCGUUGCAACGCUGAGCAGCGCAAGGUUCUCGAUACGGCUUACGGUCGUAAGGACGCCGAGCUGGAGGCCAAGGUCAAGGCCCUGUACAAGGAGCUCGACCUGGAGAAGAUCUACAAGGAAUACGAGGAGAGUGUUGUGGGUGAAAUCCGCACCAAGAUCAACAGCAUCAACGAGUCGGAGGGUCUGAAGAAGGAGGUCUUCGAGGCCUUCCUUGCGAAGAUCUACAAGCGCACUAAAUAAGCAAAGACUUUCGGCGAUUUUUCUUCGGAGGAAUGAUAUACCCGCCUACCCUUCUCCGCCGCGUCUUCUUUAAUCCUACAUAAUAAUAUCCCCGUACAUUGUGCCCUACAUACCCCCAUCGAGAUAGAUUAGCUGAACUUGAG